AGCCUGGCAAUGUGGUGAGACCCUGUCUCAAUUAAAAUAAUAAUACACACAUAAAAUCAGUUACAAACUGUUGUACCCAUUACAUGAGAAACUAGAGACUAAUAAUAGCGGAUUAAGGGGGGUUUUAUUUCAGGGGGAAAUCCUCCCAGGAGCUGACACUUAAGGCUGAGAAGACAAGGAACCACCCAAGCAAGGGGGAUUUGGAUGAUGUGUUGGAGAAAGCCAAGAAGGCCAAUGUUGUGGCCCUUGUGGCAGUUGCCGAACAUUCAGGAGAAUUUGAAAAGAUUAUGCAACUUUCAGAAAGGUAUAAUGGGUUUGUCCUGCCAUGCUUGGGUGUUCAUCCAGUUCAAGGACUUUCACCAGAAGACCAAAGAAAUGUCACACUAAAGGAUUUGGAUGUAGCUUUGCCCAUUAUUGAGAAUUAUAAGGAUCGGUUGUUGGCAAUUGGAGAGGUUGGGCUAGAUUUCUCCCCCAGAUUUGCUGGCACUGAUGAACAGAAGGAAGAGCAAAGACAAGUCCUAAUCAGACAGAUCCAAUUAGCCAAAAGACUAAAUUUGCCUGUAUCAAAAACAAUACUUUCAGAAUGGUACUUAAAAGAAAUAUUGUUAUCGUUAAACAGAAAUGUGCACUCACGCUCUGCUGGAAGACCUACCAUCAACCUUUUACAAGAGCAAGGUGCUGACAAGGUACUGCUGCAUGCAUUUGAUGGUCGGCCAUCUGUAGCCAUGGAAGGAGUAAGAGCUGGGUACUUCUUCUCAAUUCCCCCUUCUAUCAUAAGAAGUGGACAGAAGCAGAAACUUGUGAAACAAUUGCCUUUAACUUCUAUAUGCUUAGAAACAGAUUCACCUGCACUAGGACCAGAAAAACAGGUACGGAAUGAGCCCUGGAACAUUUCUAUUUCAGCAGAAUAUAUUGCCCAGGUGAAAGGGAUCUCAGUGGAAGAAGUUAUAGAAGUGACAACACAGAAUGCAGUAAAACUGUUUCCUAAGCUCCGACACUUGCUCUAGAAAUAGCUUCAAAACCAUCCAUUACAAAAUCGAAUCAACUGCAGGGGGCAGCAUUUGAAAAAUAGAAAUGUUCUGAUGAAGAAUCUGAACUGAAGAAGCUGUUCUAUAGGGUUACGGAAGAUUGUAAUUAUAGAGAAAUAUUUCUCUUAGAAAUAAAACUGGCUUUGGAUCCUGAAACCCUGGGUUCUGAUUCUAGCCUUGUGCUGCUUUUCAAUUAGCUGAGUUCUGGCAGGAUAUUGGGAAAAUACUGCUGCUUCUUACAUUGCCCUUUUAUAUAAAGCCACCACCUGAACUGAAACCAUUGCUACUGGGAAGGGUGGCUCCCACAGGAAGAGUAUAAGCACUACUGUGAUGAGGAUGGAGUAAGCUAAAGUAUACCUUUUUUUUUUUUUUUAUGGAAUUUUGCUGUUGUUGCCCAGGCUGGAGUGCAAUGGCACGAUCUUGGCUCACCGCAACCUCCACUUCCCAGGUUCUAGCGAGCCUCCUCCCUCAGCUUCCCAAGUAGCUGGGAUUACAGGUAUGUGCCACCACGCCCAGCUAAUUUUCUAUUUUUAGUAGAGACAGGGUUUCUCCAUGUUGGUCAGGCUGGUCUCAAACUCCCGACCUCAGGUGAUCCGCCCGCCUUGGCCUCCCAAAGUGCUGGGAUUACAGGCGUGAGCCACCGCACUGGCCUAAAGUGUGAUCUUACCACCUAUUUUUCUUCCCAUAGGAGUUAGCCAGUGAAGGGAGAAUGUCUGGUUUUCUAUGCUAUCAGAAAUCUCUUUUCUAGGUUUGUAAAAUUGAGCUUUUAGUACUUCGAAUUAUUUCUCUUCAAGAUAAAAAUGCAUAAGAUUUUUACACUGAUCUUAAAUUUUUGACUUAUUUAAACAAACAAUCGUUAUUAAAUACCAAGCCCAAAAGUUUAGUUAAUACGCCAAUUUUAAGUUCUGGUCUGAAUUUUGUCAACAUAUUUAGAAUGUAAAUGGCAUUAUUAAAAAUGUAUCUGAUUUCUCCGUGAACAGUAAUAUUUCGUAUUUUUAAGUUUAAAAAUGUUGGUGUAAGCCAGGCACAAUGGCAUUCACCUGUAGUGCCAGCCACUCAGGAGGCUGAGAUGGGAGACCCUUUAAGCCCAAGUUUGAGUCAGGCCUGGGCAACAUAGUGAGAUGUGAGCACCUAUCUCUAAAAAAUAAAUAAAUAAAAAUCUCAAAAAAAUUAAAAGUCUCAGGUGUAAAAACAGUUCUGUAGAUAGAUGGUAGUGAUGGUAGCACAUCAAUGUGAAGGUAUUUAAUGCCACUGAACUGUACACUUAUAAAGAAUUAAGAUAAUAAAUUUUAUGUUAUGUGUAUUUACUACAUUUUUUUUUAAAUCUUACAUGUAGUUUAACAGGUGUGGUCAAUAUCAAAACUUAGGUAUUUAAUCUUGUUAAAUUAUAUAAGCAGCAAAUGCUGGAAAAAGUACCUGUCAUAGAAAAAAAUAAACUUCCUAAAUCAAAGUGA